UUGUUGAACGAACUAAUUAACAUUUGAGAAUUAUAUUUUUUUUUUAUUCAACAAGGAUGCUGGAGCUAGGGAGCUAGGCACUGCCAUCUGUUUCUUUUUCCGAACUUUCAAGUUUUGCUAGCUUGACUUUCAUUUUUUGUUCGCGGGUGAGCAAAUGCGAGGCACUUACCAAUGGCAUCAAUGGCCAAAGCAAGCAAUGUAACUUCAUUAUUUCUAGGGGGUGCAUGCAAGGAAGAGAAUAGGAAGAAUGAAGCCAUGGCGAAGUUGGGUUUUUAUUCUUCAUGGAACUUGAUCAAACCGAAACGGAAAGGCCUUUUGCUAAUUGCAAGUGCUAAAAAUCCUCAUAAUCUUGACAUGAUCAACGGGAGAAAAGUAAAUGGAAUUUCUGCUGGUGAAGCUCCAUAUACGGAAAAGAAGAACACUGUGUUGAUAAAAGAACACGUUCCUUGCAAACAAGCCCAAGCGGCGAGUUUGGUUGGAAGGUUUGUGGAAGAUAGGCAUGUCUACAGGCAGACCUUCAUCAUCAGGUCUUAUGAAACUGGACCGGACAAAACUGCCACCAUGGAAACGCUUAUGAAUCUCCUUCAGGAAACAGCUUUGAAUCAUGUAAGGAGCUCUGGUCUUGCUGGGAAUGGCUUUGGGGCUACCCGUGAGAUGAGCCUUAGGAAACUCAUAUGGGUCGUCACACGCAUCCACGUUCAAGUGGAGAGAUAUAGCUGCUGGGGAGAUGUUGUGGAGAUUGAUACUUGGGUUGAUGCAGCAGGAAAGAAUGCAAUGCGUAGGGACUGGAUAAUCAGAGACUACAAUACACAGGAGAUCAUAACAAGAGCAACAAGCACAUGGGUGAUUAUGAACCACGAAACACGAAGAUUAACCAAGAUUCCUGAACAAGUUAGGGAAGAAGUGAUUCCAUUCUACCUAAACAGGAUUGCAAUUGCUGAAGAGAAGAACGAUAUUGGAAAGAUUGAUAAGCUUACUGAUGAAAACGCUGAAAGAAUACGGUCUGGCUUAGCUCCAAGAUGGAGCGACAUGGAUGCCAAUCAGCAUGUCAACAAUGUUAAAUACAUCGGAUGGAUUUUGGAGAGUGUGCCAAUGGAUGUCCUGGAAGAGCAUCGUCUGACGAGCAUGACCCUGGAGUAUCGACGUGAAUGCCGGAAAUCCAAUUUGCUAGAGUCCUUGACGAGUUCAACUGCUAACGUGACUGAAGAUUCAAACAACAAUUCUAAUAAUCGCAAGGCAGACUUGGAAUACACACAUCUGCUUCGCAUGCAAGACGAUAUGGCGGAGAUAGUCCGAGCUAGAUCAGAGUGGCAAUCGAAGGACAAACACAGCUGGUGAUUAGAGUGACAAAUCCACGGUCUUUUCUUUCUUUUUUUUUUAAUUCUUUUCGUUUCAUUUUCUUCUCGUCAAGGCGUUUGCCUUUUUCCUUUGCUGUAAGAUAUUAUUCUGUGUAAUUUACAUCUUCAGCCUAUUCUUUGUUCCUUUUUGACCAUUUUUUUUUCUUUUGAAAUUUGAUGUUUUAUUAAUCAAAAAGCUAGAAUGUCAUGUUGA